UCCUCCCUAAUCCCUAUCAUCCCCACUCUCUGCCUCGAAAGUCGUAACCGAACGCACGACGCCCAACAAGUCAAAAUCCGCCCGUUUGGCCUCGUUCCUUCCUUCGUUCGUGGGAGUAGUGCUCGCUAGUCGGUUCCAGAGAAAACGCGAGAGAGGCCGCGUCGGGGAGGCAAUUUUCCUUGGGUUUCGUCGGCGUCGCGGUUGCGGAAGAAUCCAUCCAUGGGGGCGUCGGGGAAGUGGAUCAAGACGCUGGUGGGCCUCAAGCCGGCGACCGCAGCGGAGAAGCACGGCAAGGGCCGCAAGUGGAGCCGGCUCUGGCGGACCUCCUCCGGCGGGCGGGGCGCCGCGUCGGCGGCGGCCUCCGAGGUCUCCGAGACCUCCUCCUCGACGGCCGCCGCCGCAGCCGACGCGCUCAGCUCCGCCGUCGCGGCCGUCGUGCGCGCCACGCCCAGGGACUUCCGCGUCAUCAGGCACGAGUGGGCCGCGCUCCGAAUCCAGACAGCCUUCCGCGGCUUCCUGGCCAGGAGGGCGCUGAGGGCGCUGCGGGGCAUCGUGCGGCUGCAGGCGCUCGUGCGCGGCCGCCGCGUGCGCAAGCAGCUCGCAGUCACCGUCAAGUGCAUGCAGGCGCUCGUCAGGGUGCAGGCGCGGGCCAGGGACAGGCGCACGCGCCUCUCCGCCGACUCCUCCCAGGGCGACGCGCUCGACGAACGCGCCAGCCACGCGGAUCCCGUCAAGGAGGCAGAGACAGGGUGGUGCGAUAGUCAAGGAACUGUGGACGAUGUAAGAUCGAAGCUAUACAUGAGGCGUGAGGGUGCAAUCAAGAGAGAAAGGGCCAUCGCUUACGCUCUCUCUCAUCAGCAGCGGAGCUCAAGCCACAGCGGAAGGCCUAGCUCUCCCGCUGUAUCUCUCAGGAAUCAUGGGGUUAAUAGGAACAACCAGUUGAGCUAUUUGGACGGGUGGAUGGCAACGAAACCCUGGGAGAGUCGCCUUCUGGAGCAAUCACAUAGUGAACAGACCACUUCCAGGUGCUCAGAGAGUAUCGACGAAAUGAACGAGGUCAGCUCAAAACUUUCUGAAGCAAGCUCAGUCAAGAUCAAAAGGAACAAUGUCACGACUAGGGUGUCAGCAAAGCCUCCUUCCGUAAUCGCAGUGGGUGACGAGAGCGCUCCAUCAACAUCUUCAGUUACUCCAAUGUCCGGCAACAACUUCGCAUCAUCAGAAAGAAGAUCAGACUGUGGGCAGGGCGGUGCGCCGAGCUAUAUGGGCUUGACCAAAUCAGCUAAGGCAAGGCUGAGCGGAUCUGGCUCCCAUAAACCACCGCUCCAAAGACAAGGAUCAUGUGAUACACAUAACUACAGCCGGGGGGCAUUCUCUUCAAUAGAUGUUCAGAGCACUGCGGGUUCAGAAGUUUCAGUUACUUCAAAAAGGUUGAACAGUUUGGCUCUGAAAGGUCGUGCCACUAGAAGAAGCUUGGACAAGGAGAAUGAUGAUCAAUCUAGUUCCUUCCAUUAGGACUUGAACCCUACGUAUUAAUUAUUCCAGUUUAGUUUUCUAGAUGCUAACAUGUAUGUAUUUUGUCAGUUCAAUGCCUCAUUGCUUAUUCUGAUAUCCAUAGCUAUGAUGUACAAAUGCAGAACUAGCUGCAUUGUAAAAUCUCAGGGUUCUAAGUGAAAUUGGGGAGCAGUUAUGCUAGUUCUGUUGGAUUACCAGAAAUGAAAUUUUAUUAUUUGACAGCAGAAGUGAUCGUAGUUUUGACA